AUGGCACAUCUUGAACAGAGUGCUGCUGAAGCUGCUUGGAAUGUAUUCCGCACCCAAUCGCCGCUUGACGCUGCCAACUACAUCCGUCAGGUUGCUAGGAAUGUGGAGGCACGCACCAUGCUCCGCUCCACGCACUCCGCAUUAGACGCUCUUGACAUCGAAGCCGCCAUGCACGGGACCGGCAUAUCUCUAGGAGUAAUGGCAGUGGAUGAGGCUGCGACCGGCGAUACACUGGAAUCCGAGCGCGCUGAGUUGCGCCAGCAGGCAAUCACUGCGGACAUCGGAAUAACCGGCGUGGACUACGCAAUCGCGGAGACUGGUUCCUGCGUACUUCUGCCGCGCAAAGGCGUCAGCCGCGUCGUUUCGCUGCUGCCUCCCGUCCACAUCGCGGUCGUCGAAUCUGGCCAGGUUCUACCCAGCUUAGACGAGCUGUUUACUCUCCGCAGGCAGGACUUCUUGACUGGCGAUCUUGGCAGCUACAUGAACCUCAUCAGCGGCCCAAGCCGCUCCGCAGACAUCGAGUAUCAGCUUGUCACGGGAGUACACGGUCCCGGGGAAGUCCAUAUGAUCCUUCUCGGUUGA